CCAAACAAGGAAGCUAGUAAUAAACGGCACAGUUAAAUUGGUUAGUUUACGCCUAUUUAAGAUUUGAUUAAAUGACAUUAUUUUUGUGUUAUUGUGUUGAUUAUAUAGUUAUACAAGAAAACUCAUGAAUGGACUCUUAAGUUAAUUGUUGGUACAGUUACCAAAAAGUGAUGAGUUGUCUCCAUCCCGACAUGCUGCUCUUCCUCACUGUGAUGAGCCACGUUUCUUUGGUUUCUGUGGCAACCUCAUCUUUUUCCCAGCUGCCGUUCUGGGCCGUGUGGAACGCCCCUACUGACGCCUGCCUCUCCAAGUAUGGAGUGGAUCUCGACUUGGGGACGUUCAACAUCGCCGAGAACCAGAACCAAACCUUCAUGGGUGAAAACAUAACCAUCUUUUACACGGAUAAACUGGGUCUGUAUCCCAGGUACAGUCAAGGCAAGGCGGUUAACGGCGGCGUGCCCCAGAACGCCAGCCUCAAAGACCACCUCAGGGCCGCCAAAGAGGAUAUCCAUAAAUGGAUCCCCAAUGAGGACUUCCAAGGUUUGGCCGUGGUGGACUGGGAGAGCUGGAGGCCUGUGUGGGAGAGGAACUGGGACACUAAGCAGGUGUACUGGGAAGCAUCAAGAGCUCUUGUCAAGUCCAAGCAUCCAAACUGGAAGCCUGCAGUGGUGGACGCCUUAGCCCGGGCGGCCUUUGAGACCGACGGUAAGAAGUUAAUGGAAGAGACUCUGAAACUGGGCCAGAAGGAGAGGCCUGACGGACUGUGGGGUUUUUACGGUUUCCCCGAAUGCUACAAUCCUUACAAAAGCAUCAACUACACGGGCGAGUGUCCCACCGUGGAGUGCAAGAGGAACGACGAGCUGAUGUGGCUGUGGAACGUCUCCUCGGCUCUGUAUCCAAACAUCUACCUGAGCUUGGAGCUGCGAGCCGUCGGCAGGGAGGUGGGCCUCUACGCUCAUCACCGCAUCCUGGAGGCCAUGAGGGCUGGCGUUCAGGUCGCUCGGCCCGAUCUGCCCGUCAUCCCCUACGUUCGCAUCGUCUACACGUAUUCACUAGCGUUCCUCUCGCAGGAGCAUCUUGUUUACACUAUCGGAGAGAGCGCCGCCUUGGGAUCUGCUGGGGUAGUGCUGUGGGGGGACCACGCUUUCUCCAGAUCCGAGGCAACUUGUAACGUCGUCAAGUGGUACAUCGAUGAAACUCUAGGUCCAUAUUUGGUCAACGUAACCGCGGCGGCCACGCUGUGCAGCCAAGCCAUGUGCUCCUCAAGGGGGAGGUGCGCGAGAAGGGACCCCGAGUCGAGGGUGUAUCUCCACUUGGAUCCUGCAUGGUGGAAAGUGGUGGCCGAGAAGAGAGCAGAAGGCGGGCGGGGCUACACCGUGAUGGGACGCAUCACGACACGGGAGGUAACGCGCAUGAGGGCCCAGUUUGAGUGCAGGUGUUACCCAGGUUGGACUGGUGACAGCUGCUCCACGCCCACUCACGGGUAAACGCUCCUGAUUGGCUGUUGGUUUUACUAUUAAUACAUGCAUCCAUUUUAACCACUAACACUACUCGUGUUUUAUUUUAUACCGUAUGUUUAUUCAAGGCUUUAUAACGCAUACACACACACACACGCCAGUAUAUGAUUAAAAUCAUUUUCAAUCAAAAUAAAACGU